ACCCCCCCGGGGGGUGUGGCUAAGGGACGAGGCAGUUCUCGUCCAGAGCCCAGGUAAUCCGGGCGGGAUCAGCUAGCGUCGCGAUGUGAUGACGUCAGGCCCCGGGCGGGCCUGGAGUGGCGUGCUGGGCUUGCGCGGCUGCGGUACGGCGUGUUGGUCCCAGCGGUUCAGCUGAGGUAGGGACGUGCUGUAGGCCGGAAUGUUACCGGCUGUUGGAUCUGUGGAUGAGGAAGAGGAUCCUGCGGAGGAGGAUUGUCCUGAAUUGGUUCCCAUUGAGACGACGCAAAGCGAGGAGGAGGAAAAGUCUGGCCUCGGCGCCAAGAUCCCAGUCACAAUUAUCACCGGGUAUUUAGGUGCUGGGAAGACAACACUUCUGAACUAUAUUUUGACAGAGCAACAUAGUAAAAGAGUAGCGGUCAUUUUAAAUGAAUUUGGGGAAGGAAGUGCGCUGGAGAAAUCCUUAGCUGUCAGCCAAGGUGGAGAGCUCUAUGAAGAGUGGCUGGAACUUAGAAACGGUUGCCUCUGCUGUUCAGUGAGGGACAAUGGCCUUAGAGCUAUUGAGAAUUUGAUGCAAAAGAAGGGGAAAUUUGAUUACAUACUGUUAGAGACCACUGGAUUAGCAGACCCUGGUGCAGUGGCUUCUAUGUUUUGGGUUGAUGCUGAAUUAGGGAGUGAUAUUUACCUUGAUGGUAUCAUAACUAUUGUGGAUUCAAAAUAUGGAUUAAAACAUUUAACAGAAGAGAAACCUGAUGGCCUUAUCAAUGAAGCUACUAGGCAAGUUGCUUUGGCAGAUAUCAUUCUCAUUAAUAAAACAGACUUGGUUCCAGAAGAAGAUGUAAAGAAAUUAAGAACGACAAUUAGAUCCAUAAAUGGACUAGGACAAAUCUUAGAAACACAAAGAUCAAGAGUUGAUGUCUCUAAUGUAUUAGAUCUUCAUGCCUUUGAUAGUCUCUCUGGAAUAAGUUUGCAGAAAAAACUUCAGCAUGUGCCAGGAACACAACCUCACCUUGAUCAGAGUAUUGUUACAAUCACAUUUGAAGUACCAGGAAAUGCAAAGGAAGAACAUCUUAAUAUGUUUAUUCAGAAUCUCCUGUGGGAAAAGAAUGUGAGAAACAAGGACAAUCACUGCAUGGAGGUCGUAAGGCUGAAGGGAUUGGUGUCAAUCAAAGACAAAUCACAACAAGUGAUUGUCCAGGGUGUCCAUGAGCUCUAUGAUCUGGAGGAGACUCCAGUGAGCUGGAAGGAUGACACUGAGAGAACAAAUCGAUUGGUCCUCAUUGGCAGAAAUUUAGAUAAGGAUAUCCUUAAACAGCUGUUUAUAGCUACUGUGACAGAAACAGAAAAGCAGUGGACAACACAUUUCAAAGAAGAUCAAGUUUGUGCAUAACACUAGAGGCAUUUCUUAUCAAAAGGAUUGGAUAAUAAAAAUAAGUUUCUACUGGAUAUAUUUCAAGCAUUUAUUCAUUACUUUAGUUACGAAUUCCAAUAUACUUUAAAAUGGUAUUUCUUUUACAGCAUACAUAAAAUGUAGCAAAUCAAUACUGUAAAACAUUUAACAUUCAUACAAUUAUAUAUAAUAUCCUUUUUUUUAAAGAAUGGUAUUUCACAAAAAUAUCUUUUGAAAUUGGCUUUGGAGUUUACAUAUACUGAACAUGAAAGUUUGUAAUAAUGAUGAUACAACUUUCAACAUUGUCAUUUUUUCUUAGAACUUCAGCUGAUUGCAGAGAUAUGAUGAUUACAUUGUUAUUAAAUUUUUUUAACACAAGUAAGUGUCACCAUUUUAUGACAUGAAAUAAAAGGUUAUGACUGUUA